AUGUCGUCGCUUCUCACUGACGUUCCUCCUAGCGAGAUGAGACCUCGACCAGGCUUCAGUCAGCGCACCUACACUGGUACUAGACCUACGACUUCUGGUACGAGCAUAGUGUCUCAGGAAGUCAUCUGCGCUAUUAGUGAGUCUCGUGGGGUCUCGCCAACGGUUGGACUAGCAUUCGUCAACCUGUCCACGUCUGAAGCAGUACUCUGUCAGAUCUGCGAUAGUAACUCUUAUGCGAGAGCGAUCAACAAGCUAGCCGUUUUCGAGCCCACGGAGCUUUUGUUUAUGAACACGCCAAGUGCACGUCAAACAAUGCUAUACGACACCAUUCAACACAACAUACCAGAUCUUAUCAUCAGUUCAAUUGGCCGCCGGUACUGGUCGGAUAGGGCAAGCCAGGAAUACGUUGACAAGCUUGCUUUUCCAGAGGAGUUGGAGUCAAUCAGGGGAUCCUUGGAGAGCCACUAUUUUGCAGCUUGUUGUCUUGCAGCGGUCCUGAAGUAUAUCGAGCUCCAACUUGACUUGACCUUCACAUUUCAUUCCCUUCGCAUCAAAUUUGAAGCCUCCCAGGGCUCGAUAAUGAUCGACCUCUCUACCACAGCAUCUCUAGAAUUGAUUCAAAAUCUUCAAAACGCCAAAUCACGGGAUUGUUUGUUCGGCCUCUUGAACGAAACCCUGACUCCGAUGGGUUCGCGGCUAUUGCGGACUAAUAUACUACAACCGCCUACUGAGCAGGAAAGGAUAGCUGCUCGCCACGAUGCUGUUGAGGAAUUGAGUACAAUAGAAGACAUGUUCUUCGCCAUCAGAGAGGCAUUGAAGAAUUUCAUUGACGCCGACAAAGUUCUGACAUCAGCGUGCGCAACGAGCAAUUACCAAUCUAUCAAAAAUGCCAUUGAUGAGACUCUCAACGACGACGUGGUCUAUCAGAGGAAGCCUCUUGAUCUUCGAAACCAAAGGACAUACGCAAUCAAAGUGAGAAACGCGAAUUAUUCAGUGACCAAGCUGAUCAAAAGCCAGACAGGUGUGAAUAGUUUACUCGACGUUGCUCGCCAGGCAUACAAGGAAUCUAAUGCUGAUGCUGCCGAGUUUGUUUCUGUUCUUUCCGAGAGACACAAUCUUACCUUGGAACUCAAAUACGACACCUCACGGAGCUACUACAUCAGCUUGUCAGCUUUCGAACUAGAAGGAGUACUUCCAGACGAGUUUAUUAAUGUAGUCAAACGGCGAGACCGCAUUGAAUGCCAAACACUGGACCUUGUUAAACUCAACCAGAGAAUCUUGGACUCACAUUAUGAAGUCAUUAGUAUGAGCGAUCAAGCCGUUCAGGAACUGCUCGAAAAGAUUUGCGAGGGUGUUCCCGACCUGUUCAAAAUCAGUGAGGCAAUAGCUACGCUCGACAUGCUAUCAGCUUUUGCACAUCUAGUGACCAUACAGGAGUAUGUGCGGCCUGAGAUAACAGAUGUCCUGGCUAUCAAGUCUGGCCGCCAUCCACUGCAUGAAAAGAUACUUAAAGAUAAACUCGUACCCAACGACACUUACGCAGCGCAACAAUCACGCUUCCAGAUUAUCACUGGAUGUAACAUGAGCGGAAAGUCCACUUACAUCCGAUCAAUUGCCCUUAUGGCGAUAAUGGCUCACAUAGGAUGUUUUGUGCCCGCCGAUUAUGCGUCGUUUCCAAUCAUACAUCAGCUGUUUGCAAGAGCAGCCACCGUUGAUGAGAUCAAUGCGAGUGUUUCAACGUUCGCUGUCGAAAUGCGCGAGAUUUCCUACAUCCUCCGCAACGUAGACGGACGAAGUCUCGUCAUUGUGGACGAACUGGGUCGCGGAACAAGCACUACUGAUGGACUAGCGAUAGCAAUAGCAAUUGCAGAAGCUCUCCUGGACAGCCACGCCUUAGUAUGGUUUGCCACCCACUUUCGUGAUCUUGCGCGCAUAAUGUCCGAGCGAAGCGGCGUGGUCAAUCUGUCCCUAUCCGUGGAGCUUUCCCAGGAAAGUAGCAAGAUGACUAUGUUGUACAAAGUUCAAGAAGGUCAUGUACAAGAGAAGUUCUACGGUCUUGCUCUUGCAAAAUUCCUGCCAUUCCCGCCGCAAGUCCUAGACAUUGCGCAACGGGUUUCAAUGCAUCUAUACAAAAUCGCCGAAGAUGGUGCCACCACUUCAAAAGCACUGAGGACAUCUAGAAAGAGAAAUUUAGUUCUACAGUUACGAGAGCAACUGCUGCAGGCACAUAACGGAACCAUAGAUGGAGAAGAGUUGCGGCAGUGGCUGAAAAGACUACAGGAUGACUUUGCGAUGAAAUUGGCGGCAUUGGAAAUAGGAGAUGAUAUGGACCCUGUGGAUGAUGGUGCUUUAGAUGACCAGGAGCAAGAAUCAAAAUCGGACGAGGACUCCUUUGAGCCAGUCGAGGACUACGAGAAGAGGUUGUCCACCGAAGAUGUGGAUUUGGUUAGUGAACAGAACACUGAGGAGGAAAUGUGGAAUAUGUGA